AUGCCCAUUCCGGCCCCAGCGGCGCCGCCGAUGGAAUCGCGCGGCUCUCACUCUCCUGUGGAACUACCCACCCCUCCUGAUGGUGUAGGACUUCCAGCACCGCCACGGUCUUUGCGGGAGGGAUCGUCAUGGCUCAGCGCCACACCACUCACACGCAAACCGUUGCCUACACUUACACCAGCGUACCGUGCCGAACUUCCACGGUACUCCUCCGUGCCGUACAUGGGUCUUCGGCCGCAUGGCUCGGCGAUGUCGACAUUCCAGCUCUCCGCGGAACGUCAGCAUGCCUCGGAGAGUGCUGACGAUACAGAUAUGUCUGUGGACGAUGUCUUUGCAACCUCGUACCGUGCGGACGACCGUCGCACACGGACCGUUUCUCACUAUGCUGAUGUGGACGAUGUAAGUCCCAACCUCGUGCCGCACAUGGACAACGACGAGAUGGUGCCGUCGUUGGAACACAGCUAUCCGCGCUCUCCCCUCGUACGCCGCACCUCGUUGCGAAGUGUAGACACUUUCAACGUCGUGCCAGGUCCCAGUUCGCGCCGCAUGCCUUACAACAUCCCCUCACGAUCGCCUGGCGCCGUGGGCCCUCUCAGCCAAGCGUAUGCUAUGAGCAUGACGCCCUCGUCGACAUCGAUGCGGACAACGCGCCUUCCGCCAUGGACUUCGUUCCACCGUGCGAGCAAAAGCACACGGCCAAGCACCUCUGCGCCGAUGACGUCUCAUGGCGUGUUGUCAGCGUACGAUGAAGAUGAGACGGACGAUGAAGUGAGUGCAGCCGGCAUUGACGAUGAGAUGACCGACGAUGACACUGAGCUGCCGAUGCGGAUACACGGACGAGGCGUGCCUAUGCACACGACGAAGCGUUCGGACAUGAUGAUGCCGACCGUCACUGGCGGUGGGCGUUUGUCUCUGCCUCACUCGCUCCCGACGCGACCACUCUCUUCCUCCUAUGGGCGUUCGCCUGAUGAGUCUUCUCGUUCUCAGAUGCACAUGGCUGUAGCAGCGCUGGAUCGCUUGUCCAUGGCAGGCACGAGUGUCGAGGACGAGAAGAAGAUGUCGAUGCGGACGUACGUGGAUGAGACCGACGAGGUGGCUGCGAUCCGCGAUCGGCUCGGCGGCGCUGCGAACUGCUCAGCUUUCAUUUCCAAGCUGUGGCACUUGAUGAUCAACCCCGACUUGUAUGGCAAGUACAUUCACUGGAACGAGGCUGGUGAUGCGAUUAUUAUUAAUAGCGAGCCCGAGGUGGCGGCGGAAUUUGCGGCGGAUGUCCUCCCAAAGCUGUUCAAACAUGGCAACAAUGCGUCGUUUGUGCGGCAGCUCAACUUGUACGGCUUCCAGCGUGUAUCCUCCUCGCGACUUUUGGAUGCUGUGGAAAUGCAAGUCGUCGCUGCCCGUACCCAGCAAAGUCAGCGCAUAGGAGCAAGCACCACAGGGCCUUACAACACCGCUACCGAGCUCUACGGCAUGCACUCCAGCUUUGCUCACCCACGUUUCCGACGUGGUCAGGAAGCCUGGCUGGCCAGCAUGAAGCCACGUUCGUCGAAGAAGCCCAAGAAGCCCCCUACGAGCGAGGCGCGACCUUGA